AGGCGAGGGCCCGGAGUAUCCUCCUCAGAGCCCGGCUCGCUGCCCGCCGGGUUCUGGCCCCACGAGGGGCGCGGAGGCUGGCACGGCGCCCCUCGCCCCCUUCCUCCGAGCGCCCGCGACCCCGUCUGUCGCCCACUCCCGCUGGCACCGACCCUGCAUCGUCUCCUCCCUCUUCCUUUUGUCCGUGGCGAGAAGCCCCCACCGUUAACGGGUGUCUGCCACGUGCUGGGGGCUUUGCCUGUAGUCUCGUCCUCAGUCCCCUCCACGGUAAAGUGAGGAGGCUUCUUUAUGCCCAUUUCACAGAUGAGGAAACCGAGGAUGAGGCCGAGAGGUAGUGUGACUUGCCCCAGGUGUUGAAACGAGAGAAAUACCCAAGCUGGGAUUGAAACCUAGGUCCGCCCGACCCCAGAACUCAUGAUCCCACUGCAUUGCGCUGCCUCAGCGAACAGCUGGGGGGAAGGCACAGUCGCCUUUCGGCCGCUGCACGACUCCACAUAACAAUUAGUCAUCCUGAUGCUCGGGUGGGGAUCAGGAAGAGGGUGGAGAGGUUAUGCAGAAGCCAGUCUCGGGUAUGGGGCGGCUGAUGCAAUGACCGGCUAAUAGCUCGGUUUUCAAGAGGGUUUCCUUGAUCUCCACCCGCCCCCCCACCAAGCCACCCCUGAUUGGACAGUCUCAUCAAAGAGGUUGGUCAAGAAUCUCAAGUGUUUCUGAGAAACUGAGUGAUUUCUCUAAAACGCCCCUACAUGCACAUAGCUGAAGAGUGGGGUAAACAAGGAAAAAAAGGAGAAGAACCUUUUACUAAAAAGGAAACUGAAAGAAACAGGAGAAGACUAUUAAAGAAGACCUCUGGCUGCUCAGGGCAGUCUGAGCUCCGCCACUGCCCCGGGUGACCAGCGGCCACCUCUGCGGUGUCUCCUGCAACCCGGUUCCAUCUGGACCACUGAGCAAACCUUCCACCGCCCUAGCCGGCCAGAGACCCAGGUCCUGGAAGAUGGCGGAUGUGGCCAACGGCAAGCAGGGCCGCGCCUCCCCGCUGGAGCUGUUCGACAGGAUAGCUGCCCAGGGCGAGCUCGUGCGGUCCCUCAAAGCUGGCAGCGCCCCGCAGGAUGAAAUUGCUUCUGCAGUGCAGAUGCUGUUAUCAUUGAAGAUGAGCUACAAGGCCGCCAUGGGGGAGGAUUACAGAGCCGACUGCCCUCCAGGGAACCCAGCGCCUGAGAGCGACAGAGGCCUGGGUGGCGCGGGGGCCGAAGAGGAUUUUGUGGACCCGUGGACGGUACAGACCAGCAGUGCCAAGGGCAUUGACUAUGACAAGCUCAUUGUUCGGUUCGGGAGCAGCAAAAUUGACAAAGAGCUGGUGAGCCGGAUAGAGCGAGCCACCGGGCAGAGGCCGCACCGCUUCCUGCGCAGAGGCAUCUUCUUCUCGCACAGAGAUAUGAAUCAAAUCCUUGACGCCUAUGAAAAUAAGAAGCCCUUUUACCUGUACACGGGCAGGGGCCCCUCUUCCGAAGCCAUGCACGUGGGUCACCUCAUCCCGUUUAUUUUCACAAAGUGGCUGCAGGAUGUGUUUAACGUGCCCCUGGUCAUCCAGAUGACGGACGACGAGAAGUACCUGUGGAAAGACCUGACCCUGGACCAGGCCCACGGCUACGCCGUGGAGAACGCCAAGGACAUCAUCGCCUGUGGCUUCGACGGCAACAAGACGUUCAUCUUCUCGGACCUUGACUACAUGGGGUCGAGUCCCGGCUUCUACAAGAACGUGGUGAAGAUUCAGAAGCACGUUACCUUCAACCAAGUGAAAGGCAUUUUCGGGUUCACCGACAGUGACAGCAUCGGUAAGAGCUCGCCGCCGCCUGCGGCCCUGCCGGCUGGCCUGAACUCAUUCCCUCAGAUCUUCAGAGGCAGGACCGACAUCCAGUGCCUCAUCCCGUGUGCCAUCGACCAGGAUCCUUACUUCAGGAUGACCAGGGACGUCGCCCCCAGGAUCGGCUACCCCAAACCAGCCCUGCUGCACUCGACCUUCUUCCCCGCCCUGCAGGGGGCCCAGACCAAGAUGAGCGCCAGCGACCCCAACUCCUCCAUCUUCCUCACGGACACCGCCAAGCAGAUCAAGACCAAGGUCAACAAGCACGCGUUCUCCGGAGGGAGGGACACCGUCGAGGAGCACCGGGAGCUGGGGGGCAACUGUGACGUGGACGUGUCCUUCAUGUACCUGACCUUCUUCCUCGAGGACGACGACAAGCUGGAGCAGAUCCGGAAGGACUACACGAGCGGGGCCAUGCUUACCGGCGAGCUCAAGAAGGUCCUCAUAGAGGUCCUGCAGCCCCUGAUCGCCGAGCACCAGGCCAGGCGCAAGGAGGUCACCGACGAGAUCGUGAAAGAAUUCAUGACUCCGCGGCCACUGUCCUAUGACUUCCAGUAACACUCAGUUUACACACGCUUCUAAAGGGUGUAAUUUCCCAGUAACCCCAGCCCAAUGGAAUCACCAGUACCCGUAGGCUCUGCCUCACGGUAAUUCCUGGCCUGGAAUCUGUAAACCCGUGCGUGUCCGUACUGUUUCUUCCUGUGAUGCUCUCCUUUCUGUCUCUUGCGGCAAAACCUCAGGACCGGGUGCCAGCUAAUGUGUCGUGGUCAGAAGGUCCAGCUGGAGUCUCUCCCACAGCAGCCCCCAGACGUGGGGCCUUUUGGCCCAGUGACCGCAGGCCAGCCUGGGUCCACGGGGCCCUGCGGUGGAAGCCUCCCGUGUUCCCAGCACACUCUGCAGCCCGCUCUGUGAAAGAACACGGAGUGUGCUUACGUAUCUGCAGCCAAAACGUCCUGAUUGUAGACCAAAACAUGCUUGGGGGAGUCCGUGUGGGAAGUUUCACGGCCCUGUGCCCCUCUGUGCCCCUCCACAUUUAAAAGAUCGCCAGCUGAAACUUGCAGUCCAUUUGGCUAUGAGCUCCCAGCUGGCAGGCUGCUGUCACCGGCCCGGGCCGCCCGGCUCUCCCGUGUCCUGUGGGCAAGACUGCAGCCCCCUGCGCACACCCCGCAAAUCACGCUCUGCCCGGGGCACUAACGCCUCACUUCCACCGCCGAGCCCUCCGUACCCCGCCCGGAAAGCCUCUGCCCGGGGCACAAACGCCGAGCCCUCCGUACCCCGCCCGGAAAGCCGGUGGCCGCCUCGCGCAGGCUGUGCCAGGUGCUGAGGGCUCUGUUGUCUUUGCAGAUCCUUUUGUUUUGACGCGUGACUGGCCUGGAGGUCGCUCUGCACAGAGCGGCGCCCUGGGGCCCGCGGAUGUGGCUCCCUCACGGCCCUGGCGGCACGUCCACGGGAGGCCUGAUGAACCGUGCGCCCUGUGUGGUUUCGGAAAAGCGGAAGACCUAUCUCAGGGAAAGCCCUUGGUUGAGGUGUCUGUCUUUUCUGGAGGCACAGGGCCCACUCCCCCGUGUCACUCGUCAGCGUGAAUAAACUUGCUUCGGUCCUGC